AUGGUUCAUUUUUUUGUGCACACAUAUAUAUUUUUUGUUACGAUUUUUAUAUUGAUAAUAAUUGCUCAAGCUGAUGCUGAAAACUCUUUCCAAAGAUUUGUACGGAGAUUUAUACCGGAUUUCUCAUCAAGAUUUUCUCAAAACUUACUAGCAAGAUAUCCUCAAGCCAAAAAUACUCAUGUGAUUACUACUAGUAGAACUAGAAUAUCCUUACCGACUUUUACAAAAACUGAUCAUCUAGUAGCUCAAAAAACUGAUCAUGUAAUGGUUCCAACAGUAGCCCAAACUACGUUAGAUACUUCAAGUCCAGUUUCUAGUAAUGAAAAUACAUCCACAUCCUAUAAUACUUCUGUUCCUCCCAUUUCAGCUGAAAGUUCCAAUGAUCAAAAUGAUAAUUCUUCAACUAAGUAUAUAAUAAUUGGUGUUUCAGCAACUAUUGGAAUUAUUUUAAUUGUUUCAUUGGUGUUUAUAUUUAAAAAAUUACGCGCAAACCGACGUCUUAAAAACAAAAGUGUUCAUGCUCGUGGAGGAAAUUUAGAUCAAGAAUUUGGAAAUGAAAAUUUUGAUAGAAUAAGAAAUGUGAGUCAUUCGUCACAACAAGGAGUAAAUUACAUGAAUGGCUCAAUUCAAAGCUAUAAUGCUUCAAAUGGAAAUGAAAGUUUUAAUCAAUCAUAUCAAGUGUCGUAUCCAGCAAGAAGUCAUUAUAAAGACUCCUAUCCAAUAAGAAGUGAUUAUUCAAAUCGUUCGGGUGGCUCGCCCCCUACAGAUAGCAAUUACAAUGGUCAUACUGGAGGUUCCGGUCAAGGUUAUCAUCCCCAACAUUACAAUGCUCAGUUAGUAACACCGAACCAAUAUUAUAAUCCAGAUCCAAAUUUCGUUGUUACAAAUUUUUUACCACCUGGCAGUAUAGAUCGUCGGAUGAUUAGAGAAAAUAUACUGGAAAUUGCGAAUGACGAAGAUGAUACUCAUGAAAGUUUAAGAAAUUAUAGUAUGACUGAAAGUAAUACUUUAUUUGUGCCUAGCGUAAGGGAAAGUGAACAAGAAUCAUUAGGAUUACCAAUUAUAAGUGAAAACUCUAGAACUUCACCUCCGGUAGAUAACAGAAGUCAAACAAAUCAAAGGGCUGUAUAUUUUUAA